UUAGUAAAUUAUUUUCUUUAAAAAAUGUUUAUAAUUUAUAUAACAAUAGCCUUUUUAAUUGGCUAUAUUUCAUGUGAUUAUAAUGAGGACUAUAGACCACAGUUUCACUUUACGCCGCCAAAGGGCUGGAACAACGAUCCCAAUGGACUCAUCUAUUAUAAAGAAAAUUAUCAUUUGUUUUACCAAUUUUAUCCAAAUGGCACCCAUUGGGGUCCUAUGCAUUGGGGACACGCCGUUAGUAAAGACUUGUUUCACUGGCAAAACCUGCCGAUAGCACUGUACCCACAAAUAGGUGGUCGUGAGUAUAUAUUUUCGGGCAGUGCUAUCAUAGACGUAAACAAUGUGACCGGUUUUAAUCCGAGCGGGUCGGACACUAAAGCCAUGAUAGCCAUAUUCACGGGUCAUAAAGAUCCAGAAGGUAUACAAACGCAAUGGAUGGCCUACAGUGUUGAUGAUGGCUUGAAUUGGAAAUACUACGAUAAAAACCCGAUAAUACCGGCUCCGCCUAAACAAAGAGAUUUUAGAGAUCCAAAAAUAUUUAAAUACAAUGACUAUUAUGUUAUAGUAUUGGCGGCCGGAGAUCAUGUCAUGCUAUAUAAGUCGACAAAUAUGAAAGACUGGCAACUCAUACAACAGUUUGGUUUGGGACAGGGAUCUCAUGCUGCGACAUGGGAAUGUACCGACCUAUAUCCCAUGCGUGUCAACAUUAAGGGCAAUUUAGUUGAGAAAUGGAUAUUAACUGUUAAUGUGGCGGCAAAAACCCAAUACUUUGUCGGAGAGUUUGAUGGCAAACAGUUCCGUAAUGACAACCCACCCGAUACUGUCCAAUGGAUAGAUUAUGGAUCCGAUAAUUAUGCCGGUGUCACAUAUAAUCUUGAGCCUAACAAUGGACGCCAUAUAUUCAUGGGAUGGAUGCUUAAUCCGGGCUACGCUGGCGCUACACCUACCAGUGUAUGGAGAGGUGGUAUGACUAUCGCACGAGAGCUAAGUCUAGUUCAUACACCCGAUAAUAAAUUACGAUUAGCAUCGCUACCGGUGCCUGAAAUUAGUAAAAUUGUACAAAACAAUAGCAGUGUUUUAAAUAAAACACUCAAACCCAAUGAAACGCUUAACUUGAAUGCCGACCAAACUGUUAAGUCUAAACUUUUAGACAUUGAACUGGAGGUCGAUAUGAGCUCUGGUCGACUAAAUGCCGAUAAGUUUGGUCUGCAAUUCAAAGGAUCUAAAGAUAUUUUGCGGGUUUAUUUUGACGGAUCCGGCAAUAAGUUUGUUGUGGACAGAAGUGGCACCGGUAGGCAUGAGUUUAGCAAAUCAUUUGUCUUGAAAAGUGAAGGCCCGCGUCUGACCACUGGUUCCGUAAUUACAAUGCGACUCGUAUUAGACGUGGCAUCGGUUGAAUUGUUUGCCGAUCACGGGUUGACUACAAUUACAGAUGCAUUUUAUUCAACCGAUAGUCUGAAUACUAAUAUAAAUUUGUUUUAUGAAUCAACUGUUGGGACUUCAGUAUUGAAAGUCAAUAGAGUAGACAUCAGACAAUUGAAUAGUGUUUGGAAUCAUAAGUUUAUUUAA